AUGGAUCAACCUACAACCAAGUGGCCUUCAAUGUGGUCUAGUGGUGGUAUAGUUCAGGAGAUAAGCUUUACUGAGGGUGAUCCUGUUAUUGGAAAGUAUCCUCCUAUUACAAAAACUAAUCCUAUCUCCAACUUUAAGGUUUAUGUUAGUAACAGUGAGUUUUUCUAUAGUAACCUUCCUAAAAUUAGUGAUUAUAUUAGUAUUGAUAAUGUUACACCAAAGUUUAAUAGAGAGUUGUCGUAUUAUGCUGCAAUAUGUGGAACUUAUGUAGCCACGUAUCUAUGUGGAGUCUCUACUUAUCAUACAAGUCCUCAUAGUAAUGUAAAUCCUAUUAUCACAUCUAUUAUGAACUUUCACGUGUACUUAUGGAUUAGAAGGUUUAUUAAAAAUCCUAGUUUACUUCAGCAGUAUUCUAGUAUGUUAGGGGUAAUAUCUGGCAACAUUCCUGUUAAGGGUCAGUGGGAGGUUGAUAAGUUUAGUGAUAGUCGAGCAUCUAUUGGAAUUGUGUAUAGGAGGUUUAAAAAUGAGCAUAGAACUGUCAGAAAUGUUAGGUAUGCUAAAAAUACAUCUGGAAUGAUAGUUGGGAUUAGUUAUGAUAAGCUUACAGGUAUGUCUUCCCUUGCUAGUCUAAAUGAUUAUAUGAGGUAUUACGCAGACAAAAGCGUGGGUCUUGUUGAUACCUCACUUUUACAGGAAAGCUUGCAAUGUUAUGUAUACUGUGUCCUUGGAGCUCAAGCUAAUACUCGGUGGGCUAUAGUAAACCGUGGAACCUCCUCUUUACUGUCUCAAAAAGGAUUCCGUAAACUUGUAGAAGAUGUUGUAGUUCAAACUGAUAUUUCAGUUGGAAUCACUAAUAUGAGAACGGCAAUUAGAGAUACUAACGCAAUAGUAAAUACAGCAAUAAAUCCUGACAUUAUUUUAUUUCCAUCAAAUCUGGUAAUAUUAAAGGAUCCCAUUCCCGGUUAUAAUAAUAUUCUACUUAAACCUAACUCUAGUGUUAAGUUUGGUGUAAAUACUAGAGUAAAUUAUGUAGGUGUUAAGAAAGCUGAUCCUCCAAAGAAGCAACAUCAGAAUACAACACCUGUUAAUCACCUUGAUACUCUUAGUGGACAUGUAAAACGGGAUGCAACCCUUGAUAUUCUUAGUGGACAUGUGAAACAAAAUACAACCCCCGAGGCAAGCAACUUCUUUCGUAAGUCUAUAGUUAAUAGUAAUGAGUCUUCAGAAUCUAGCGCUAUUGCUGGAGUUGGGAUUGGUGCUACAGUUGUAUUUAUUUUAAUGAGAAUGUUUUUGUAAACAUUGUGUAUGUUAUAAAAAUGGCUCUCUAUAAGGGAUAUAUUAAGGGUGUAAAUAAUAUUGAUCCAACAACUGGUAGUGUGUUUGAUAAGGAUGGAUUUACCAUGAAGGGUGACAUUGAGAUGGAUGGUAAUGAGGUGAAGGGUUUAGGUGCACCAACAGAUGAUACGUCUGCAGUCACAAAAAAGUGGGUAGAUGAUGAGAUAGUCAAACAGGCUUCUGUUACAAUUAAACCAGUAGGGUUUACAAUGACUGGGAAUAUCAACAUGGGAAAUAAUAAGAUAACUAAUCUUAAGUCCAAUGGGGGUGACUUCAGUGAGGCGGCUAAUGUGCAGUAUGUGCACACGUAUGCAUGGAACAACUAUCUUGCCACAAAUGGCUUCAAUAAGAUGAAAGGUGUACUGAAUGCUGGUGGAUUUGAAGUACAGGGGCUUACCACAACUGCAAGUAGAAGUGAUAGUGCAGUGUCGCGUUUCUAUUUAUAUCAGUGGUCAAAUAGUAAGUUCCUACCACUGGACGGUUCGAGCUCUAUGUCAGGUAAUAUUAGCAUGGCACGAAAUAGUAACACUAGGUGAUCCUACAACUGGCAAGUCUGCAGUUCAUAAGGACUGGGUAAUUAGCAUGUUAAAUAAGCCUGUAACUGGACUUGAUAUUGCUGGGGACAUUAAUAUGAAGAACCAUGAGAUUAAGAACUUAGCUGAUCCUACAGACAACAAGUCUGCUGUUAGCAAGGGAUGGUUUAAUUCAAACACCAGCAACUUCCUUAAGCUAUCUGGUGGUAACAAUCAGUUUAUCCGCGGUGAUGUUCUUUUUGAUGAAGUUCCGCAUACAAGUAAGGAUGCCUCCACUUCAAGUGGUCUUAUAAGGAAAGCUCUUCUGGAUAAAAGUCUGGCCUAUUACGUUCAUCGUAACGGUUUGAAUGCAAUGACAGGUGAUCUUAGGAUGGGUGGACAUGAAAUAGUAAAUCUUAAGGAUCCAACUACUGACCAGUCUGCUGUUACAAAAAAGUGGGCCACUGAUAAUAAUUUUGUUAAUCUUGGAGGUCGUAUGUUGGCUGAUAUAUCAAUGGCUGGAUACAGACUUUUCGGACUACCUGACCCUAGGAUUGAUAAUGAAGCUGUUUCAAAAAAGUGGGUAGAAAAUAAGAUAUCUGCGCUUGAUUCAAUAUAUGCUAAAUCUUCAGGUUUUACAAUGACAGGUGCUCUUAAGAUGGGUGGAAAUAAAAUUGAAAAUAUAGGUGACCCUAGUUCAAGUACAUCUGCUGUUAGCAAAGGGUGGGUUACAUCAGGAUUCACUUUAAAUGGUGAUCUAACCGUUGCAAAUGGUAAUUCAAUCUAUACGAUCAACAACCUUGGUGCAAAAAUAGCUGUUCCCAAUAUUCAAACUGUGGUUAACCAAAUUUCACGCUUUUCCCUAAAACUGGACGGUUCAAAUGAAAUGACCGGUGUUCUCAAGAUGGGUGGAAAUGAAAUUAAAAAUAUUGGGGCUCCUAGUGCCGAUACAUCUGCUGUUAACAAAAAGUGGGUAGAAGAUAAGAUUAGUGGAGGUAGAAGUAAGCGUGAGACUUAUAGUGGUCUUACUCUAUCUGACAACCUUGAUAUGGGAAACAAUGAAAUAAUAAAAUUAGGUGCUCCUACAACUGAUAAUUCUGCUGUUUCCAAGAAAUGGGUCACCGAUCAUGUCAGUGGGAGUUCAGUUAGUAGUAGCGGCUUCACUAUGACAGGUAAUAUUGACAUGGGAGGUAAUAGUAUAACAGGCCUUAGUAGUGGGUCAGCUGGGGAUUCAGCUGCAGUUUCCUAUAAAGCUAUGGGCUUAUGGUGUAAGCAAUUUCUGAAGCGUGGUGGUGGUGUUUUGUCAGGUAAUCUUGAUGUUAACGAUUAUGAGUUAAUUAGGGUUGGAAAUCCUACAACCGACGGUUCCGCUGUUAAUAAGAGGUGGGCAACUGAUGAGUUCAUGAGUAGUAGAGGUGGACUGGUAAAAGGUGAUCUGGAUAUGGGAGAUUCUAGUGGUAUUCUCGAUCUAAAGGAUCCUGUAAAUGAUAAGGAUGCUGUUAACAAACAAUGGGUAGAAAAGAAUUUCCUAAAACCUUCAACUGGUCUUACUCAAGCAACGGCUGACUUAAGAUAUGUAAGAACACGGCGACAUAUACAUGCAGAAUGGGUUUGGGGUUAUCGCGGUGUUGCAGUUGCUGCAACAAGGUACUACGCUUACUGUCAAGAUCAGAUUCCACCUUCAUGGAGAACAGAUCCUAUUAAUAAUAUGACAGACCUCAACCUUGAGUCAAUAACUAUUAAAACAGACUCCCCAAUUUUUUCAACCGUUCUGAAUAUACCUAUAGGGCUCAUCCUGUGGGCUACCGUUUGGGAAAAGCAAUCUAAUGGAAAAUUUACCCAGGUUAGGAAGGAAAUUGUUUUUGCUACAAUUGACCUAAGAAGGUUGUCCUACACUUGGUUCAAUGGAACUUUCACAACUACUGGUGGAAGUACAGCUUGCUAUGUUUUCAAGGGUAAUAGUAUGUUCUAUUUAGGAAACGAAGCUGAGCUGGUAGAUAACACGCUAGCCUGGUGUGUCAUAGUCAAACCAGAACACUCAAUGCCCAUUGGUAUGAGUAUGGAUAUGUCAUUCUGCUGGUCACUUCGAUAUUCAGGGUCCGGAAGUUAACAUGUGUUGUAUCAUAGGGUAAAAUGUCAAAAUGGAGGUCAUGUUUCUCCUGCUUGGGUAAAAUUUGUGGCUGCCGUAAGAGUUCUAGUAAGGAUAGGAGGGCUGGUGAUAUAAAUUUCUCUGUAUCAAAUAAUAUUAAGGUUGAGGUGACCACACAGGGUAAAAAGGAUGACGCCAACAGUGUAUCCGGACUGCAAGGGCCCCCUGCCUUGUGUACCCUCAAGGAGGAAAUAAAAGAUGUUAAAAAGGCUUUGGAAUAGGAAGGUUGGACGAUAUCGGGAAAGUGUAGGAUAAUCGUAUUAGAGUCUCAGCUUUGAGAUAAGUUAAAUGAAAAACAAGAAUAGCAGUUUCACAUUCUAAUAAAUGUACCAACCAUUAAUUCUAAUAUAAUAAAAAUAAAUUCUUUUAAAUAAAGAUAAAAAACUAGUGGUCUAGAAAAAUUGCCAAUGGUCUAGAAACCUCAGUUCCUAUACUACUGAGGGGUGUCCAGGCAAGUGGAGGAAACUGGAAAGGGAUUCUCUACAUCAACAAACUUGUCGUUGAACAGAUUGGCUAGAGCAGAGCCAGUAUAAGGCUGCUCGUCAUACCCAAGGGUAGAAACAUUUUUAGGUGGAGCAAGGCCAGCAAUGUUUUUAUAGUAGACCACCUGCCUCGUCCCCAGUCGCUAAUAAAAAAAUUUCAUGCGAGUCACUAUAUGAAAGGUUUACAUGAAGUAGUGCAUCGCGACGAACAAGCGCAGGGGUUUACGCUCAUAUCCCAUUCCCCUUUGUGCACCUAUAAUGUGACGCACUACUUCAUAUAAACCUUAUAUAGUGACUUGUAUGUGAAAUCGUUUUAUAGCGCCUGGGGACGAGGCAGGGUCAAUAUCAUCUGUAACUUAGCAGUUGCUAAAGACCAUACCUUUGUUGCAUAGCACUUUGUUGCAUAGCAUAGACUUAUAUAUAUAGGGGUUGCCUUACUUUGCUGUUUUCAAUAAGGGGACAUGUCCUUUUCAAAAGACCAAGUAUUUUAUUAGCUUUGCUCAUGAUUGAGAAUAUACGGAUAUCCCAUGAUAAUUAGUUAACUUGGUUACUUUGUAUUUGUCAUUAUACGGAGGUCUUUUUCUUCUUGAACUUGUUGUAGAGUUGCAUCGCCCAAAUAAUAAUUAGUAACUACAGGUGAUUUCUUUGGUUAACUGUUAGAACUUUACAAUUAUUAUACAAGCCUAAAAUUUCAUGUUUGAAUUCUGACACCAAUAAUUUAAACGUAACUAAUUUUCUCGCCACAGGCUCUCGCAGUCACUCAUGGAUGAAUUACAGCAGUCUGCAGAUCGGAAUAAAAUUAAUCAGGUAGGUCACUGACAAAAUGACAAAUAGCAGAGGUCCAACAAUGCCCAGAAGUAACAGGUAGGUACUAAGAAGUUACGCCAUUAAUCACAACGCUUUGAGACCUAUUUACUAAGAUAAACAGUAAACCAAUGAAAUUAGCACCUCAAGUCCUGUAUGAUUGAGGGUGUUGAUGGGGUAUAUUGUGAGUUGUGAUUGUUCAAUUUCGAUUACUGUUAGUCGUGAAAACACUAAAAAUUUUACUGUGAAGCGUGAGGAAAGAACAACUUUUCAGCAGAUUCAAAGAUUCACCAUUAUAAGAGCAAAAUUUGUACUGUUAAAAUACCAAAAGUUUUAACGUUUACUGAUUUUAACGUUUACUGACACCCCCCCCACCCCCCCCAUCUAGACCCUCCUGUAUAUAUGAAUAUGCGGAGGAGGAAUGAGGGUUUUCCCAAAAUGCAAUGCGCGCCUCAAUGCAGCUCAUUAUUAUUAAAUAAAUAUUUUGAAUAAUAAUGAGCCACAUUGAAGCGUGUGUUGCAUUUCGGGAAGACCCUCAUUCUUCCUCUGAUGAAUAUGCAUGCCUAUAUAUAGUCAUUGACACUGGGAGACUGAGCUGCCAACAAAGUGAAGUCCUGAAAUAAUAGUUUAAUGAGAGGUACCAGUAUCAAAAGCCGCGUUCACACUAGCGGCCCAGGCCUGGCCUGGACCUGGCCUGGGUCUAGGUGUGAACGGGUUUUACCUGGCCUGAGCCUGGCCUAGGCCUGGCCUAAGUCAAGAAAUCCAGGCCAGCAAAUGUAGGUGGCCUGGACCUGGCCUUGGCCUGGCCUGGGCCUCGAUCAUCACUGGUGUGAACGGGUUUUUCCUGAGCCUGGCCUGGGCGAGGCCCCGUUACCAUCGCAAUAUCUGCCCACGAAAAAAACUGGUCAGAUGAUUGUCAUACAAUUGGAGGGAAAAACAUUCAAAACGCAAAAUUAAAUACUUUAGUGGAACACAGGGACGUUUAUAUUGACGCCUGAUUGCUUUGGCCUGGAGUUGGGCGUCAAGCCAGUGUGAAUGCGUCACAAUUGGCCCAGGCCAGGUCAAGGCCAGGUCCAGGCCAGGCCUGGGCCGCUGGUGUGAACGCGGCUAAAAUGUAAUUUUUCUAUAACCUUGCAGGCUUGCACUCCUGUAGACAGUUUUGUAGACAUUAUAUUAAUUAAACACUUACUUUCACCACAAUGGCAUGUAAUGUUAUUAAAGACAUUGUGAUCACCAACAUAUAAUUGUCCACUAUUUUCUUUUAUAUUAACUAAUAAAAAUAGUAAAAUGGAAAAUACAAUCAGAAAAAAGCUUGGAAUAAAACAAUAUAUUAACUACUUAUGAUAAAUAAGAGUUAAAGAGACAAUCUCAGAAUCUGUCGGUAUUUAAUACAAUUAUGACGAAAACCAAUUUCUCUGAAGCUCUUGAAUGAAGCAUAAUUUUAUUGUUACCGUUUUAUACUCCGCGAAUACCUGUACGUUUACAGAUGAUUUUAUUGCAAAUAGUACAGUACAGUGUUCAGGAAAUAGCUCUAAUGUUUAAAAUCAAUUUCAAGUAAAUCGUUUCAAGAUUUCCAACAUGCUAAACGGCGAUUUCCUGUUAUGCAUGGAUUAAAUAUUUAUUACAUAGUUUUUAAAUCCUUCGCAUAUAAACAGGCAAGUUACAGAUUAAACCAGCGUGUUACAGAUAGUCGUUAAUCGCUACAUAUCUACAAUAUUUAUUAAUCAUGAAACGGAUUUGUUUCAUUGCAGUAUUCUUCAAAUACCGUUUAUACGGGAGUCGACAAUAUAUGCAACUACGCAAUAUAUAUAAUGUAGCAAAUAUUAAUCUCCCAAUUUAUACAUUUAUAAAGAAUUCCACUCAAUCCACUACAAAAAAUAUUAUAAUUUCUUACCAUUCAUUCUGAUCAGCCAUCCAAAAGACCAAUACUUUAAGGAAAAGUGAAUAUUUCAUGUAAAUCAUAUUGCGUUUGUAUUAAUACUAUAUUAAAAGACAAACAACCAUUGUACCGAUUGUACGCAAUCUCGUUCCCUGAGCCUGCGAUCGUCGGGAAGGAACGCGAGGCUCUGGGAUAAUCCGUUGCCGGUGUCACAGUGAUAUGAGUAUCCCCGUGUUUUGUGUAUCCCCUACUAAUAUCACUAGGGAUAUGUGUAUCCCCAUGCUCACCUCACUAGGGAUAUAUGUAUCCCCAGCAAUAUGGCGGUCGUGUUUUGCGUAUCCCUAAAGAACCACCCUACAUUCCCACAUCACUAGGGAUACAAGUAUCCCUAACAUUUCGCGGGAAAUAAAACAUGCAGAACUGCACAUACAAGCUUGAAAAUAACACUCUAAAUAGUGUGUUGGAUUGUGUUUUGAACAAGACUAAUACCAAAAAGAUAUGUUGAAAGGGGCCGAAGUUAUAUUCGGCGAAAGGUAUGGCUUAGUGAUGCAUUGUUUACAUUCUUCGAGUUUAUUGUAUAUAGUAUGGUAUGGUUAGUUUACAUUGUUCAAGUAUGCAUAGUUUAUAAUUUAUGGCUAUUUUACAUUGUUCGAUUUCAUAGAACUUUUCAAGCGGAUUUUUUUGGUGGUACUUUCGUAUUUCUACUGCAAAUACUCGCGGAGUUCUGUAAUAUUUAAACUUCCUGUCAUAUACGUCGGAAAUCAAGUAAUACGGAGCCAUAUGAGUUAAUGUUAAGAGUAAUUCUACACUAUGUUCUACACCAAUUUAUGCGACGCGAACAUGCUAUCUUACAACAUAAGCACAAUCACAUUAUACACAUUUACUGCAGCAUUUAAUAACUGUAAAAACGUAAAUACUUAAUACCGGAAAAUAAAGGCACAGAUAAAUGACUUUCCUCCUGCUCAUAUUUUGAAUAUUGCAUCCUUUCGCUCCUAGUGAUGUAGGUAUCCCUACCGGGGGUACUUUUAUCCCUAGGGAUAUUAGUGUGGGGAUACACAAAACACGGGGAUACUCAUAUAACUGUGACACCGGAAGCCAGGAAUUCUGGCUAAGAUUAAACUACGCAUUCCAUUUCAAUGGCCAAUCAGAUUCCUCCCUGAAACGGAUUAUCCCAGAGCCUCGCGUUCCUUCCCGAGGAUCGCAGGCUCGGGGAACGAGAUUGCGAUUGUACGCAGAGGACAUCCUCGUACCCAGGGUCUUUUUGGGAAAGACCCUGGUAUUGGCAUAGAGAUUAUAAAUAACACUAGAGGAGGCAUCGAGUUUAAAAAUUGGGAACGCAGCUAAUGGGGGGCAAAUUCAAGUCCCGGAUAUAAAAUCGUGCUCUCAUUGGCUGAUUUGAAACUCGUCACCAAUAGGAACACGAAUACACAUCCGGGACUUGAAUUUGCCCCCCAAUAGUCGCGUUCCCUUUUUUUUACUGAAUUAAGAUUACAAUGCCUCCUCUAGUGUUAUUUAUAAUCUCUAUGGGUAUUGGCUGGUCACGUGACUCUACAAAAAUUGAUUGCCCAAGGGGGAGUGGCAAAGUAUCAAAUUACAUGCUUCCACAGAAAACGUUAAAUUUCAAAUACCAGCAGUGGGAUUUUACGAUAUAUACUCGAAGCGCCCGCUAACUUCUAUUUUAUACCUUCGUUUGCUUUUAAAUUACAAAAACACUGUAGCAUUUUAUCAACAGUCAAGUCAAGAAACAAAUAAAAUGUAUACUUUAAACUUUGAAGUUGGGUAUUCUCUUGAAACAUAUUUUCAAAUCAAACUGGUCAGUCGUCAACGUUUGUACAUUUUCACUAUCUGUUCCGAAAAUAUGCCAUUAGAUUUGUUGUUUGAAAACGUUGAUAAACUUUGUGCAGAUUUACUAAUAGUACGCGUCUCAUUUCAUAGACAUAGUGAAGGUUGAUAAAAUUGUGAAAUGUAAUUAACUUUUUGUCACAAAUCACAAUGUAAACAUGUGGACACUGCCGAACAGAGACUGAAUGCUCACUUUAAAACUGUCGAUGGUUUAUCCUUGAAAAUACUUUUAAUUAAAUAGUUCGUCAUAUUUAUUAAAAAGCCCUGUAGAUCGGUAGGGUAGGAGGCAGGUAGUAAAGUACAACAAUUUUCAGCUAGCUCAGGGCGUGUAUCAUCUGGUGGUAUUUUUUGGCCUCCAUAAUCUAUUUUUAUAUUACUGAACACUAAAACUAUAGGGGCCUCGUCUUAAAAGUCCAGCAGGAUUUCCAGAGGUCUCUAGCCCGUUUAUAUAUUCUUAAAUAUUCAACUUGUAAAUAUUAUUUGUGGGUAAAUAAAACUAAUAAAAUAAAAUAAAUAAUAAAUAAAAUAAUACGUUAUCUUCUGUUCUGGAUCGCCACGCUCCGCUGAAGAGGAGAAUUGUUACCUCUAGCGCUAUGGUACCAUGGUAUGAAGAAGGAAAGCUGAGCGGAAAUGGCGGACUACAAAAAAGACGGCAGAUUUUAAUAAAUUUAAAUCAUUGAAAAACCAUUGUACUCAAUUAAUGAGGAAAGCAAAAUGCUCCUUUUUCUCUGACUUUGUCAAAGAAAACAUCAAUAACCAAGGGACUCUAUUCAAAGCCACUCUCCUCCGCAGAGCCUUACGAAUUUUUAGUAAAAUUGCGUAAUAUUAAGGGGGGGAGCACAAAUUAUGCAAGGUAUCCUUUACUAUCCCUACAAAUCCUAUAUAAUUCAGACUCUGCGGAGGAGAGUGAUUCAAAGCUAUCAAAGGAAUGCUAGUUGAAAAAAAUGCAAUAAGUUUCCCCGGUGUCACAGCGGAUUUGGACCCCCCAGUAGAUUUGGACCCCCCGGUCCAAAUCUCCUAGUAGAUAUGGACCCCCCGGUCCAAAUCUCCUAGUAGAUAUGGACCCCCUUUAGCGGAUAUGGACCCCCGUUUUUUAAACACUUUUAUAUACUAAAAACAACCCCAAUAACGGUGUUCCUCUUCUGGUCUUUGUUGUAAGAAUUGGGGUACUCGUUGUCGCGAAGAUAAUGAAAUACUUCUUCGUACGCAGUCAAAUCAGCCAUUUUGCGUUAAACAGAGAUUAUAGUUCUAUUCGCAUUGAAAUCGCGAAUGACACUAAAACAUUUAUAUAGCUGCAAGGCAACUGAUAAGUCAUCACUUAUUGUUUAAAAAUAUUCAUGGAAUCGCGUUGCUCUAAUAUGCUAUUUCUAUGGCUUUUGUUAAAAAGCCCAUUAGCAAAGACUCACAAACAUCACUUAUUGUUUAAAAAUAUUCAUGGAAUGGCGUUGCUCUAAUAUGCUAUUUCUAUGGUUUUUGUUAAAAAUCAUUGGUGGAUGGUCACAGGCUUCCAUUUAGAUGAGUCACCACCACUUUGAUUGUUCAAAAACAUUCAUGAAAAUCGUGUUUCGUGUCGAUCCAAAUGCCAUUUCUAUCGCUUUUGUUAAACAGUGAUUCGUUAUUGGCAAAUACUAUACAUAGAUUUUAGUCACACUGUAUUCUAUUUUCCUAUGAUAAAAUACUUCAGAUUGAUCGCUAUUAUUAAUUUGGUUUAUAUUAUUGUGUUCACAUUACAUAUAUUUAACUUUUGAAGGGGGGUCCAAAUCCGCCAACGGGGGUCCGUAUUUACUAGUAGAUUUGGACCCCCGGGGGUCCAUAUCUGCUAGGAGAUUUGGACCGGGGGGUCCAUAUCUACUAGUGGAUAUGGACCGGGGUCCAAAUCUACGGGGGUCCAAAUCAACUGGGACACCGGACGUAAUGAAACAGCUCUCGUUAACGAACUUGGCAAAUAUUUUGUUCAGAAAAUCUCUAAUAUCCACUCUGAGAUAAACAACGAGAUUUCUUCACAUAAUGAUGGUCACGUAGAUCCUCCAAGUGAUGACAACGAGGAGUAUCCGGGUGAUGUAUCGCAUUUUGAUGCGUUCGAGCCCUUGUCUGAGGAUGAUGUUAGAAAGCUUGUUGUGGACUCACACAAAAAAUCCUGUUACCUUGAUCCAGUACCAACAGAUUUCUUGGUGAAAUGUCUGGAUAUGUUACUUCCUGUGAUUACAAAAAUAAUCAAUAUUUCACUUGAAACUGGGUACUUUCCUAGAGACUGGAAGGAAGCUAUCAUUCUUCCCAGAUUAAAAAAGUCUGGGUUGGAGUCUGCAUUUGAAAAUCUUCGUCCCAUCAGUAAUUUAGCAUAUAUUUCAAAGCUUAUUGAACGAGCAGUAUAUAAUCAAACGCACGAUCAUAUUCUUCGAUGUGGCUUUUAUCCAGUUUUGCAAUCUGCUUACCGGCGGUAUCAUUCCACAGAGACUGCGUUACUCAAAGUACUCAAUGAUAUUUUGUUAAGCAUGAACAGUCAACGUGUCACUCUCUUGGUUCUUCUGGACCUAAGUUCCGCUUUUGACACAAUUGAUCAUGGAAUUUUGCUGGAACGGUUAAGGUCAAAAUUUGGAAUACGUGGAAAAGUUCUCAGUUGGUUUUCUUCCUACUUGUCUGGUCGAAGUCAACGUGUUAUGCUAAAUGGUACCCUAUCUGAUUCAUCUGAUUUGAACUUUGGUGUCCCGCAGGGUUCGUGUUUGGGGCCUCUUCUUUUUAUAUUAUAUGCCUCCAAACUGUUCGAUAUUAUUAACAAUCACUCGCCAGAUUCACAUGGUUUUGCUGAUGACACUCAGUUGUAUGUGUCAUUCAAACCUGACUACCCAUGCGAUCAAUGUGAAGCGAUCUCGGUAAUGGAAAGCUGUGUCAACGAUCUUCGGAAAUGGAUGAUUCAAGAUAAAUUGAAACUAAAUGACGGUAAAACUGAACUGCUAAUAAUUGGAUCUAAGCAACAACUGGAGAAACUUAACCCAUGCCAU